CAUCCUUGUCAUCCAAUGGGCGGUCGCCCUGGUUGCCAGGACGCGAGGACUGAGCGCAGCGGGCCACUGCAGACGCAAGCGACAGAUCUGUCUUCCAUCUGCCAUCAGAUGUCUUUCUGUCUAACUGAGCUACACCUGUGGUCUAUGAAGAAUACCUUACAAGUCAAGGAUGUAGAUAUUGGCACCUUUCAAUACCAUGAUCGAAAAGAAUCCGUUCCAUCAGUAGACUGCUGUUACCUAGAAGAGAAACAGCAAAUUACUGAGGCUCAUGAAUACUUAUGGACACCCAAGAAUAAACGACCUGAUAAACUUAGAGACACUCUCAAGGAGUUUGAGGAACUGCUGCAGUGCACUCGUUGUGUGCUGAGCAAAUGGAAGAACAAGAGCUUUUGUCAGCUUUUCUUUGGUUCAGGUGUUCUGGUUUCUUUAAGUCUCUGCGGCCCACAUCUAGAGAAAAUUCUGAUCGACAAGACCUUAGUGGGGAAACUCAUCUCUGACACCAUCAAUGACGCUGUGCUUGCGGACAGUUUUAUGAUCAUAACAUUUCUGGAAACCAGUAAACUUUGCUUUGUCCAGUUCACAAAGAAACAAAGUUCACCUGAUGUCAACAAAAAAAUGGAAAAGUUUUCUACUUCUGAUCUUAAGAUUUCUUACAUUGAUUUACCAGGGCCUAAAGGUUGCAGGGUUGAGCGUCAUUUGGCCAUUAACUGUGUGCAAGAUAUGGUGAUCUGCUGGUGGCAAAUGGCUAAUGGAGGUGGCUGGCCCUGGUUUCCAAUAGCCAAUGAAAGUGACCGAGCUAAUGUGGUAUUGUUAAGCUGCAUAAAUGGCAAACUUGAGGUUUUAAGCUUUACACGCACAGAAGGUGAUCCACUGGAUGCUGGUUUUAGUAUUAAUCAACCAAAUCGGGUCCAUACAGUAGAAUGCUCCGUCAAUCCAGACAAAGAACCAAUGGCAGACAGCUGCAUUUAUGAAUGUGCUCGGAAUAAAUUACAGCGUGUGACAGUCAUUAGCAUCCCACUGAGAUCCAAAGCUACUUGCUGCAGCAGAAAUAUUACAGAAGACAAGCUUGUCCUCGGCUGUGAGGAUUCUUCAAUGAUUUUAUAUGAUGCAUAUCGCAGAGCGACUCUGCUGGCUCAUGCUGAUUUUGUGCCUUCAAUGGUAGAAUGGCAUCCUGACGGUGCUGUAAUCCUAGUGGGGAGCUGCCAAGGUGAAAUUCAGUGUUAUGACAUGGCAUUGUCACCAAUAAAGAUACAGUUAUUAGCGGAGGACAUAAAACCUGUAAACAAACUUCAAUUCAGCCAAUACUUUGCUGUAACAAGCAGAAUGGUCCAAAUUCAAUGGACAGUUCCUCAAGUUAUUCCUCCAAACGUUGAUAACCUGAAUGUGCACGAUCUCCUCUUUCUAAGAUUUGACAAAGGGCCUGUUGGAGUCCUUUAUUUGAAAUUAGGUGUCUUAUUGAAAGCACAGCUGGGUCCCACUGAACUUAUUUGCCAAUAUAUUCGUUACAAGCAAAUUGAGGAAGCUAUUAACGUCUUGCUUGGCAUGAAUUGGAACACUGUGGGCCUACAGUGCUACAAUUGUCUCACUGCUAUUGUGGAUCAUCUCCUUAAACAGAAACUUACAUCAGAAAGAGAAUCACAACUUGAAGCAGCUCUUGGAACAUUUUAUACCCCCACAAGACCUUUAUCUGACACAACUGUGUUAGAAUACAGGGAUCCAAUCAGCCGAUAUGCAAGGCGCUUCUUUCACCAUUUACUCAGGUACCAGAGGUUUGAGAAGGCUUUUCUAUUGGCAGUAGAUAUUGGUUCACGAGACCUGUUCAUGGACAUUUAUUACGUCGCUUUGGAUAAGAGUGAAAUGGCCCUGGCUGAAGUGGCUAAGAAGAAAGCUAAUGAGAUUGAUAUGGAAUCUAUGACAAGUGAAGUUGUAACUCUGGAAUGCGCACAGGGAGGUGAUCCUUUGAGAAGAGAUGGAUCUGAAUUUCCUUCCACAUCAAUGGAAGCAGAAAGACCAAAGAGUGGGAAUGCACUUCGUGGCUCAGCCAGUAACAGCAGCUAUUUACCACAGCUUGCUGCACAGAGCAACCCUUAUAUCAGGCCUUCGUGCCAUAACUUGCGGGGCGAUACAGAGAGUGAACUUGAAUUCAACACCUAUGGUUCAGGCUUGAUAGGUGACCCAUCAGCCUGGAUCCAGGCAGGUAACACUUUUGAAGAAGGAGGAGAACCGCAGAAACUUGGAAAGAGCAGCACUCUGAAAGUGGUACACUUCGGUUUGGUGUAAAAUGAUAUGAAAGAAUUACCAAUCAUUGGAUGAAGAUGGAUGCUUUAAUUAUGUUGGUCUAAUUACAAAUGUAUUUGCAUUAUAACAAUUAUCAAGGAACAGACAAAUGAAGAAUUUAUUUCUAUAGUCCCAAAGAAUAAAACAAGCAACUUUAAUCUUUCAAAAAUAUAAUGUUCCAUUACAGCUCCCAAAAUAGCAGAAAUACCCCUCAUAUCUCCUGUCCCUCACCAUACCCUCUCUUUCUACCUUUACAUUAUUGAAGAUUCAAGAUUGGCUAAUAUAAUUUCUUGUACACAAGUGCAAAGGAGAAUAAAAUAUUUAUUUAUCUAGCUCCGCCUCCUGACUUUAUCCUGUGCCCAUACCCAUCUUGGCUACACAGCUCUUUUGCCUAACUCACUCAUACAUCUCUCAUAACACCCCUUUUCCAUUUCUAACAGUGCAUUAAUUUCUCACCUCCCCACAUUCCCUCUACAGCUUGCAUUACUCCAUAUUUCCCACAACAUGGACUUGUCCCAUUAUCUUACUUUACCUAUAAAAACCUUCCAAACAGUUUCAACCCACUACCACUGUUGCAGGCCCUGGAGGGAGAAUUCCUCCUUAGCCUUCACCUUGCUUCACAUUUCCCUCCUUCCUCUCCCUGAUACCUCACUUUACACAUCCUACACAACAUUUCCUUGUUCCUUUACCCUUGCAUAAAUGGCAAGGAAUAUUACCAAGAUUGUUGAUCACCAGUGGUGGGGUAAAAGGGAAUGGGGAAUGUCAGACAGCUAGAGGAGGGAUCAUAGACUAGAAGCAAGUCCAGAGAGGAUUAGAAUUUAUAAGGUGAGGUUUGUAGAGUGAGAGAAUUGUGCAGGAUGCAAAGGUGUGUUGGCCCUCUAUAUCUGUGCAAAGCACCCAUUUGCACUAAUCCUAUUUUAAGCUUCCCUUAUUUCCAUCAGAUUCCAGACUCACUGAUACACACUAGGGGCAAUUGACAGUGGCAAAUUUAAAUACCAACUUUGUGUCAUUAGGAUAUAGGAGGAAAUUGGAGUAACACAGUGACAGUGAGAACUUAAGAAUUCUGCACUAACAAUCCCAGGGGUCAGCAUUGAACCAGUAAACUGGAGCUCUGAGGAAGCAACUCUAGUAGCUGCUCUCCAACAUCAAAGGUUAAACUAAUAUUAAAAGUUAUUAUAACAAUGCAUUUACUAUGUGGCCAUAUUAAAUGAAAGGCAAAGUAUUUUAUUUAACAUAUAUUAUUCUAUUCUUGUUUAAUUGUGUAAUUCAACCCAUUUUUAUUAUAUGAUUAAUUUCAAAUUGCUUGGCAACCCAAAGACAUUAUUUUAAAUAUUUUAUACUGUUAUUUGGAAUUGAGUACAGACAUGGAAAUACCAGUGGUCUUAUGAUCUUUCAUUUAAACUAAGGUCAUUUUGAAAAUUAUCCCUUUUCUCAUUAAAUUUUUGGGAUAGUCAAGAAAGUUUGUGGUUAUUAUAUUGACUUUGUAUACAACACAUGAUUUUAUCUCCGAGAACUACUUUUGUCCAUUUCACUCAUGGCUUCUGUUGAAG